AUAAAAGCGCUGCCCUCGCUCAGUGCUGGCAUCCGCCGCUCCUGCCUCGCUCUGCUCAGGAAAAGGGCUCAGCUCUCUCCAACAAAGAUGUCUUGCUACGACCUGUGCCCACCAAAAACCAGCGUCGCCGCCCCGCAGCAGGUGGCCGUCCCGCAGCCCAUUGCCGAGAGCUGCAACGAGCUGUGCGCCCGCCAGUGCCCCGACUCCACGGCCUUCAUCCAGCCGCCCCCCGUCGUCGUCACCUUCCCCGGCCCCAUCCUCAGCUCCUUCCCCCAGCAAGCUGUGGUGGGCUCCUCCGGAGCACCGGCCUUUGGGGGCUCCCUGGGGCUGGGGGGCCUCUACGGUGCCGGGGCCACGCAGGGCUCGGGGGGCCUCUGCACCUUUGGCAGACCCUACGCUUCUCCCGCCUGCAGCCCUUGUGUCUUGCCCCGCUACACCAGGAAGCUGUGGGACACCUGUGGGCCCUGCUAAUCAGAGUUCUAAAACCUUCGUUUCUGUGCAGAAUGUAUUUAGGAGAAGCUAGUCAUUCCAAAUGUUUCAACCAUUUAUAUUAUCUAUAAUGCUUUUAUUUUUCUCAAGUGUUUACUUUCACUCGUUUCACAAAUAUUUCCAAAUUUGUUUUACGUAAUAUUUUUGUCUUAAAUUCACUCUGUAGUUAUCUUUACUUUUUUGUGUCAUGAUCCUCAGUAGAAUAUUGUAUUUAUUUCAUUUUUUAUGAAGUGUAUUCUUGACAACUUUAGGAAUAUAUAUUUUUAUCUCAAUUUUUAUUUCUAUUUUCUUCCUAUAUUUUGUUUUAUUUACUUUAUCUGUUUUCUUUAUCUUGUUUUUCCUAAUAAAUCUGUUAUGCAUUAAAUUUUUAGUGUUUUAGAUUAUUUUUUAUUCUAAACAUUGCUGGAGGAUUCAGAUGACAUUAUGCCUAUUCAUAAUCCAUUUGACGUUCUGCUACAUUGCCAUAGUCCACAUUCGUGUUUCCUUCCAAUUAUGUGGUAUAUUGCCGUUUGUUAUGUAUUUGCUACUAUUGAUUAUUUUGAGUUGUACUUUUCAUUCAUAGCCAAUUUGCUGUACAUUUAGUGGAGAGAGUAACAGAGGUGACGUUUGAAAGUAAUUAAUUAUAUUUAAAAUUAUUUUUUUCCAUCCUGUACAUAUUUUCUUUCUCUCAAGAA